UGAACUUCCGGCCUCAUGACGCAAGGGCGGGCUGCUCUUUUCUCUCUUUCCGGCAGUGUUCGCGAGUGCCGUAGCCAUGUCUUACGCUGCAGAUGAUUACGAGUCUGAGGCGGCUUAUGAUCCAUAUGCCUACCCGGGCGACUAUGAUAUGCACACAGGAGAUCCAAAGCAGGACCUUGCUUAUGAACGUCAGUAUGAACAGCAGACUUAUCAGGUGAUCCCCGAAGUGAUCAAAAACUUCAUCCAGUAUUUCCACAAAACUGUCUCGGAUUUGAUUGACCAGAAAGUAUAUGAGUUACAGGCCAGUCGUGUCUCCAGUGAUGUCAUUGACCAGAAGGUGUAUGAGAUCCAGGACAUCUAUGAGAACAGUUGGACUAAGCUGACUGAAAGAUUCUUCAAGAAUACACCUUGGCCUGAGGCUGAAGCAAUUGCUCCACAGGUUGGCAACGAUGCUGUCUUCCUGAUUUUAUACAAAGAAUUAUACUACAGGCACAUAUAUGCCAAAGUCAGUGGAGGACCCUCCUUGGAGCAGAGGUUUGAAUCCUAUUACAACUACUGCAAUCUCUUCAACUACAUUCUUAAUGCUGAUGGUCCUGCUCCCCUUGAACUACCCAAUCAGUGGCUCUGGGAUAUCAUUGAUGAAUUCAUCUAUCAGUUUCAGUCAUUUAGUCAGUACCGCUGUAAGACUGCGAAGAAGUCUGAGGAGGAGAUUGACUUCCUUCGUUCCAAUCCGAAAAUCUGGAAUGUUCACAGUGUCCUCAACGUCCUUCAUUCCUUGGUAGACAAAUCCAACAUCAAUCGGCAGUUGGAGGUGUACACAAGUGGAGGUGACCCUGAGAGUGUGGCUGGGGAGUAUGGACGUCAUUCGCUCUAUAAGAUGCUUGGUUACUUCAGCCUGGUGGGGCUUCUACGCCUGCACUCCUUGUUGGGGGAUUACUACCAGGCCAUCAAGGUGCUAGAGAAUAUCGAACUGAACAAGAAGAGCAUGUAUUCCCGUGUGCCAGAGUGCCAAGUUACCACAUACUAUUAUGUUGGUUUUGCGUAUUUGAUGAUUAGUAGCGGACGGAAAGCAUGUCGCUACCAAGAUGCCAUCCGGGUCUUUGCCAACAUCCUCCUCUACAUCCAGAGGACCAAGAGCAUGUUCCAGAGGACCACAUAUAAGUAUGAAAUGAUUAACAAGCAGAAUGAGCAGAUGCACGCACUGCUGGCCAUUGCCCUCACUAUGUACCCCAUGCGUAUUGAUGAGAGCAUUCACCUCCAGCUACGGGAGAAGUAUGGGGACAAGAUGCUGCGCAUGCAGAAAGGUGACCCACAGGUCUAUGAGGAACUUUUCAGCUACUCCUGCCCCAAGUUCCUGUCACCUGUAGUGCCCAACUAUGACAACGUGCACCCAAACUACCACAAAGAGCCCUUCCUGCAGCAGCUGAAGGUGUUUUCUGAUGAAGUGCAGCAGCAGGCCCAGCUCUCAACCAUCCGCAGCUUCCUUAAGCUCUACACCACCAUGCCUGUGGCCAAGUUGGCAGGCUUCCUGGACCUCACAGAGCAGGAGUUCCGGAUCCAGCUUCUUGUCUUCAAACACAAGAUGAAGAACUUGGUGUGGACCAGUGGUAUCUCUGCCCUAGAUGGUGAAUUUCAGUCCGCCUCCGAGGUCGAUUUCUACAUUGAUAAGGACAUGAUCCACAUUGCAGACACCAAGGUUGCCAGGCGCUAUGGGGAUUUCUUUAUCCGCCAGAUCCACAAAUUUGAAGAGCUUAAUCGAACCCUGAAGAAGAUGGGACAGAGACCCUGAGGACAGUCACUAACAUUUGUUAGGAAGCUAUUUUGAUAUUAUAGGUGGGAAAUGUUUUAGCCACCAUGAAAUCUUUACAUGGAUCAGCCAUUAGCCUGUCAACUGAGUUGAAAUUUAUUCAAAUUGAGGACUAAAAUAUUUUAAGUAGAUCUCAGUAAAGGAUCUUUGAAGCCAGA